AUGGAAAGCAUUCAAGUAUCGUGGAGUAUUGCGAAAAGGCGCGAAGAUUUCGCGAGCCCCGCCCUCGCGCGCUCGCCCAAUGAGAGCGGCGCGCGGCCUCUAUUGGACGAUGGCGACGAUAUGAAAAAACGUGGCACCCCGGUCGCGCGUCCCCAGGGCGCGGGCGGCGCGGGAGGCCCGCCCGGGCUGGGCGUCCAUGUCAUCUCACACAAAUGUGAGGUGACGUCAUGUGCGUACGAGAUGCUUUGUUUUUACGCUAGAUGGCUCGCCCACGACACUCAGCCUGCAGUCUCC